GGCUGCAGCUGUGGCGGCGCGCUCUUGCUGCGGAGACAGGCAGAGGACCGGUGCGCGCGCUCAGACUCCCUCUCUGCCACACACACACACACACACACACUCCAAACAAAGAGAAGCACGCGAGCAGCCCAGCAUCCCACCCUUACAGCCGCGAGCUCACAGAACCGCCCCCCCCCCAAAACAGACCCGUCUAACGGAACCGGUCCGGACCAGAGCCCGCAGAGAUGAGCACUAACGGCGCCUCGAACGGAACCAGCGACAUGCUGCAGAUCCAGUUCGGCCUGAUCAACUGCGGGAACAAGUACCUCACGGCGGAGACCUUCGGCUUCAAGAUCAAUGCCUCCGCCAGCAGCAUGAAGAAGAAGCAGAUCUGGACCCUGGAGCAGACCGGGGACGAGUCCAACGGGAACGUGUUCUGUCUCAAGUCCCACCUGGGCCGGUACAUCGCCGCUGACAAGGACGGCAACGUCACCGGAGACAGCGAGACCCCGGGCCCGGAGAGCCGGUUCAUCAUCACCGCGCACGAUGACGGACGCUGGUCCCUGCAGUCCGAGCAGCACGCGCGCUACCUGGGCGGCACCGAGGACCGGAUCCUCUGCUUCGCCCAGACCGCGUCCGUGGCGGAGAAAUGGAGCGUGCACAUCGCCAUGCACCCUCAGGUCAACAUCUUCAGCCUGACCCGCAAGAGGUACGCGCACCUGAGCUCCAAGGUGGACGAGAUCUCCAUCGACCGGGACGUCCCAUGGGGGGUGGACUCCAUGAUCACGCUGGUCUUCCGCGAGCAGCGGUACCACCUGCAGACCUCCGACAACCGGUUCCUGAGGAACGAUGGCGCGCUGGUCUCCACCGCGGACAGGAGCACCGGAUACACGCUGGAGUUUCGGUCCGGGAAGGUGGCCUUCAGGGACUGCAGCGGCAGGUACCUCGCGCCAUCCGGACCCUCCGGGACCAUGAAGUCCGGCAAGAGCGCGCGCGUGGGGAAGGACGAGCUGUUCGUGCUCGAGCAGAGUCACCCUCAGGUGGUGCUGACCGCAGCCAACGAGAGGAACGUCUCCACCCGGCAAGGUAUGGACCUGUCAGCCAAUCAGGAUGAAGAAGGUGACCAGGAGGUGUUCCAGGUAGAAAUCUGUCGCGAAAACAGGAAGUGCGCUUUCCGUACUGCGGCCGGGAAGUACUGGACCCUGACCGCCAACGGUGGCCUGCAGUGCACCGCCUCAACCAAGUCAGCUAACUGUUACUUUGACAUUGAGUGGCGUGGGAAGAGGCUGACUCUCCGGGCGGCGAACGGGAAAUAUGUGGCCGCCAAGAAAAACGGGCAGCUAGCAGCGAGCAUUGAUUCUGCCGGUGAGUCUGAGGAGUUCCUGAUGAAGCUGAUUAACCGCCCGAUCAUCGUCCUGCGUGGCGAGCACGGCUUCAUAGGCUGCAGGAAGGUGACAGGGACGCUGGACUCAAACCGCUCCUCCUACGACUACUUCACCCUGGAGUUCAGAGACGGAGCGUACAGCCUGCAAGACUCGACGGGGAAGUACUGGAUGGUUGGGAACGAGCAGUCUGUGGUGAGCAGCAGCGACACGCCUGUCGACUUCCUGUUUGAGUUCUGUGACUACAACAAGCUCGCUGUUCGCCAUGCCGCUGACAACAAGUACCUCCGUGGGGAUCACGCCGGCGUGCUCAAGGCCAACGCAGACGACCUGGAGAGCGCCACGCUGUGGGAGUACUGAGGGAUGUGCUGCGAUGAAGCGUGGCCGCACAGCGCCACCUGCCCCCGCACCCCCCGCCCCCCUCUGUUCUUUAUAUAUAUCUGUAUGAACUUUAUAUGUUGAUGAACUGCACAGAGAGAACAGGAAGGAGAGAAGAAGAAGGAUACACUCCUUUCUCUCCUGCCUCCCUUUCCUUCCUUCAUCCUUCCUUCCUCCUCGUUCUCAGCUCUGCUCUGCAUCGCCCGACCUUUAUCAGUUGCCAUAGUUACCGCGGGGCCAUGCACUUUUUUUUCCUGCUCUGAAUUGAUUUGCUGCUCGACCUGUCACGCACGCCCUCCUCCUCGCCUUGUGAUUGGCCAUCCCUCUCUCACAGCAGAGCAGAGCCCCCCCCCCCCCCCCCCCCCCCCUCUCCUCUCUGAGUUUAACCCUUUCAUGUCUCUGUGUGUGAGCAGCUCAUGGUCUCUGAGCCGGUCUGCUGCUUCUGUUUCUAACUGAUCCAAACCCUGACCCGCCUUCAGAUCAGACCUGCUGUCAGCUGGACGGGCAGGAAGGAGGAGGAGCUUGUGUGUUUGGAUCAGGUAGAAAACAAACUCUCUGCGUCUGUCCUGAGCGAGUCCUGUCGCCACUGUUUGACGACUUUGUGAUAUAACUGGAGUUUAUCUGAUGAUGAUGAUGAUGAUGAUGAUGAUGAUGUGACUGAUUUCCCCCGUUUCAUCUCAACUGUAAAAUAUCUCACUGUUAACCUGUGUUCCUCUAAAGCUGUGUUCUGAUUGGUUGAGGAGGGUUUCCCCAAACAGGAAGUAGGAAGUUAAAACCCCUCCUUUCCUCCCUCGUCUCCUUUCCUGCUGUCCUGAGAACUCUGAGGAAUUAAAUGAAAUGAUGAAGACACUAAUGUAAACUGCACACACCUGUCUUACUGGAAGAAACACACACACACACACACACACACACACACACACACACACACACCUGUUAAAACUCACCUGGAUGAAUUUGUUUUUUUAUGUCCAAGGCACAGACAUUAUCAUGAGGGGCGCUCCGUAGGAAGGGAAGGAUUCAAGCUGCUUUCAGACUCCCUCAACCAAACGUUUACACCUCAGCCUUUAUGUAGACCGAACCUUUGAUACUGGAUCAACAGACUGUCAUCUCUGACACACACACACACACACACACACACACACACACACACACACACACACACACACACACACACACACAACCGGCCAAACUGUAACCUGGUGCUAACUCCCGUAACGACUUGUGACGUGGUGAAAGUCCGUUGAGUCGAGAUAUUCAGACACAUUUUUCUUAUGUUUCUCUUUUUCCUUUUUAAAAAUCUACUUUGUUCUUUUUCUCUACUUUGUUCUUUUUCUCUUCUUUGUUCUUUUUCUCUACUUUGUUCUUUUUCUCUACUUUGUUCUUUUUUCUUCUUUGUUCUUUUUCUCUUCUUUGUUCUUUUUUCUUCUUUGUUCUUUUUCUCUUCUUUGUUCUUUUUUCUUCUUUGUAUCUUUUUUUCUCCUGCGUCUCUGCCCACCGUCUCACCUGCUCCUUCUUCUUCUUCUGUGGUUUUAUUUCUGUCUGAACUUGCAGAGGUGUCUUGAACACUGAGCAUUGUGACGACCCUGAAGCUGUGGCGCCUGUCCGAGGUGGUCAAACGCAGACGCCGAGUUUGUUGUUAAAUUUUACGUGUCGUCGUGCGGCAUAUCUCACGCGUGAUGGCAGUUCUUUGAUGCUCCGCCCCCUUUUGAGUUUUAAACCUCCUCCAUUCGUUUCAGCGUCAUGAAUCGUUCCUCUCAUGUGAAAAGCAAUCGUAGCCCGAUGAUGAUGAUGAUGAUGAUGAUGAUGAUGAUACGUGAUUGUAGCCGGCUCCUCAUAAAGGUUCCUCUCUGGUUUUGACCAUUUUUGCAUGAAGGGUUAAGAGAACAGCGCCUCCAUGUGGAGGGUAAACGUGUGGUAAUGACUGUGCCUUACUCACCAGUUUAUGGGCAGAAAAAAAAGUCCACAUCUUUGCUUUGUAUAACUGGAACUUCUUGUAUUUUUAUUUUGUAUAAGUUUUUGAUAUUGUGGAUUAAUCUCUCUCGUGCCAUUGGUUCACCUGAAACCCAACGACCAAUAAAAGUGGGACUUGGAACGCA